AUGUCUGCCCCCAUCUUUGCACAGGAAGCGACCCAGGAGCGUGCCGAGAACGCACGCCUCUCGUCGUUUGUCGGCGCCGUCGCUCUCGGCGACCUCGUUAAAACCACGCUCGGUCCCAAGGGCAUGAACAAGAUCCUGCAGAGCGUGGGCUCCAACGAUAUUGUUGUCACCAACGACGGAGCUACUAUCCUCAAAUCGAUCCACCUCGACAAUGCUGCCGCCAAGAUCCUGGUCAAUAUCUCCAAGGUGCAGGACGACGAGGUCGGCGAUGGCACAACCAGUGUGUGUGUGCUCGCUGCCGAGCUGCUGCGCGAAGCCGAGAAGUUGGUCGAGAUGCGCAUUCACCCGCAGACCAUUGUCGAGGGCUACCGCAUUGCGUCGGCUGCUGCACUCAAGGCGUUGGAAGACACUGCAGAGGAUCACGGCAAGGACGCAAGCACGUUCCGCACCGAUUUGCUCAACAUUGCACGCACCACUCUCAGCAGCAAGGUGCUCAGCGCCGACAAAGAUUACUUUGCCAACCUUGCCGUCGACGCCGUGCUCCGCCUCAAAGGCUCCACCAACCUCGAACACAUCCAGAUCAUUAAGAAGCCUGGAGGCAAGCUCACGGAUUCGUACCUCGACGAAGGCUUCAUCCUGAACAAGAAGAUCGGUACCAACUGCCCCAAGGCGCUCAACAACGCCAAGAUCCUCAUCGCCAACACGUCGAUGGACACGGACAAGAUCAAGGUGUUCGGUGCGCGUGUUCGCGUCGAGGGCACGGGCAAGCUGGCCGAGCUCGAGCGUGCAGAGCGCGAGAAGAUGAAGGCCAAAGUGGACAAGAUCAAGGCACACGGCAUCACGUGCUUUGUCAACCGCCAGCUGAUUUACAACUACCCAGAGUCGCUGCUCGCCGAGGCGGGCAUCAUGUCGAUCGAACACGCCGAUUUCGAGGGUGUCGAGCGUCUUGCGCUCGUUACGGGUGGAGAGAUUGCAAGCACCUUUGACCGCCCGGACCUCGUCAAGAUCGGCCAGUGCGGACGCAUCGAAGAGAUCAUGAUUGGCGAGGACAAGCUGAUCAAGUUCUCGGGCGUAGCCGCCGGCGAGGCGUGCACCGUCGUGUUGCGCGGUGCGACGUCGCAAAUGCUCGACGAGGCCGAACGCUCGCUCCACGACGCACUUUCGGUGCUGUCGCAGACGGUUGGCGAGACGAGGGUGUUGCUCGGAGGCGGGUGUGCAGAGAUGUCCAUGUCCAAGGUCGUCGACGAAGCGGCGCGCACAACUUCGGGCAAGAAGGCGAUUGCUACCGAGGCGUUCGCGAAAGCGCUCCGACAGCUCCCGACCAUUCUGGCGGACAACGCAGGGCUGGAUUCGUCCGAACUGGUCGCUCAGCUCCGCGCCGCCCAUCAGCAGGGCAAUGCCACGGCUGGGCUCGACCUGGAUGCUGGAAAAGUGGCGGAUAUGAAGGAAAAGGGCGUGCGCGAGUCGUACAAGCUCAAGAGGCAGGUAGUCGUCUCGGCGACCGAGGCGGCAGAGAUGAUCUUGCGCGUGGACGAUAUUCUCAAGUGCGCUCCUAGGAGGCGGGAGGCUCACUAG